AUGAGUUCCGAUGUCGAACAACUGCAGAAGAAGAAGAAGAAUCCAUCUCCUCCGUCGUUGUUGUCACUUCCAGAAGAAAUAGUUGUAAACUGUCUAGCCCGAAUAUCGAAAUCUUACUAUCCAAAACUCUCCCUAGUCUGCAAGACCAUUUGCUCUCUCAUCUUAUCCAUGGAGCUCUACGUGGCUAGAUUGGAACUUGAAACCCAUGAAAACGUCCUUCACGUCUGCUUACAGUUGCUCGAUAAAACCCGUCCCUCGUGGUUUAGUCUCUGGUUAAAACCUGACCAAACCCUAACCAACAACAUCGGUAAGAAGAAGAAACAGAACUCUAGCGGAAACACUUUGUUGGUACCAAUACCCUCGUCUUAUUCUCCACGUGUACCGAUGUUCACAUGUGCGGUUGGUUCAGAGUUAUAUGCUAUCAGCAAAUACAAUAUUUCUCCCUCCUCCGUCAUGUGGGUCCGUUGUACGAGUACUUACUCGUGGCGUCAAGCCCCUAGCAUGACGGUAGCUAGAGCAAAUGCCGUUGCGUGCGUCUUUGAUGAUAAAAUUUACGUGAUGCGAGGUUGUCAUGCAGAUGAAUAUACAAAUUGGGGGGUUUUUGAUCCAGAGACUCAAACAUGGGAACCGUUACCAGACCCUGGAGCUGAGCUACGUGUAACUUUGAUUAAGAAAGUGGAGGUGAAAACAGGAAAAAUUUGCGUUAAGAGCAUUGAGGAGAUGGAUUAUGUUUAUGAUCCGAAGGAAGGUAAAUGGGAUGUUCCAGAAGCAUUUGUGAUCGAAAGUGAGUGUGAGAUAGAUAACGUAAGGUAUCAAUGUGGUAGACAAAGUUGCUUGUGGUAUGACAUAAAGCAUAAUGAAUGGAAAGCUGUUAAAGGUUUGGCUACAUUGAACGGGAAUCGUCUUUGUUAUUUUGUUGAAAUAGCUAACGACGGUGGGAAACUGUUGAUCUUGUGGGGAAAGUUUGCGCCGCCUCGUCGGCAAAACAAGAACAUUUGGUGUGCGGUGAUUGCGCUUGAAAGGCGCAACAACGAUGAGGAAGUUUGGGGAAAGGUUGAGUGGGCUAGUGUUGUCCUUACGGUUCCUAAAUCAUAUGUUUUCUUGCGUUGUGAAGUGAAGCCGGUUUGA